GGUCGUGAACUUUGUGAUCAAGUGGAUGGCUGAGUCAUGGUUUGACUUCCACGAGUGCGAGGAGAUGGAAAAACUAAUACAGAAACUCAUCGAACUAAUAUCCGAACUAAAUAUGGACUUGGCGCAGAAACUGACGACCGCCAAAGCCGAACAGACGUGCAAGUGCGGGAUGGGCUAA